UUGAACACUGAGGCCAAAGAAGGAGUCUACACCAUAAUGCUGGCAUAUGGUCAGGAAAAGAAAUAUCACAACUUCAAGGUGGAGAAAUAUGUUUUACCAAAGUUUGAAGUAAAGAUCAACACAUCUGAGGAAGUAAGCAUUGACCAAGACCAAAUCACAGCUAAAAUCUGUGCCGAAUACACAUAUAAACAGCCUGUUCCAGGCAACAUGAAGGUGGAUAUAUGCAGACCUCUGCAGCGCUACUUCUAUGGUUAUUCCAACCAAGACCUAGAAGGACAGCAAGUCACUGCUCCAUGUCACAAGGAGAUCAUGGAGACAGACAAUGAAGGUUGUGUUACCAUGAGCAUCCCGAUGUCCACUUUCAUAAAACUUGACAAAAAAGUGCUGCAAGAUGUUCUUGAGGUGACCGCCAAAAUGCAAGAGGAGGGAACAGGCAUAGAACAUUCACAAAAUCAAAGAAUAAUGAUUUCAUAUGUUGUUGGAAAGGUGUCCUUCAUUGAUACUCCUAAGAUUUAUGAGAAAGGAUCAAACUUUGAAGGAAAAGUCCAGGCACUUGAUGGAAAUAAAGUACCCAUUCCUGACAUGCCGGUCUACCUGUUUGAGGGUGAAACGUGGUCUUCACGCCACCUACAGAACCUCACCACUGAUAAAAAUGGAGUCACCACUUUCACAGUGGACACCUCUAUGUACAGUGGGGACAUCCACCUCCAUGUUAGCGCAGAGCCAUCACUGAGAUACCCCAAUUACAGAGAGCCACACUUUGAAAAUGGAGAUAUCACUCUGUCCAUGGCCCAGGAGUCGUCUCUUGAUACUAAAACAGUAAGCUUUCUGAGGGUGAAAAAAGUGGAAGGCCCACUCAAGUGUCACACAGAUGUGACCUUCUCCAUCCAGUACACAGUGGUGAAAGAGGCUCAGAGCUCUAUGGAUGUAAUGUAUUUGGUCCUUUUCAGGGAUGGUAUUUUCCUCCACAAAGUAGCAAACGUUGGAUUGAUAAAAAACACAGCUAAUGAGGGUGAGGUAACCUUCAACCUGCAUGUGGAUCCAGAGUUGGCACCAGAGUUUCACAUCGUGGCUUAUGCUAUCCUCUCCAGUGGGUUUGUGAUUGCCCAUGAGGCUGAGUUCAGCACUGAGAAAUGCUUUGGCCACAAGGUGUUGCUGGAUUUUUCUCCAUCCUCGGCUGUCCCAGGGGAGGAGAUCACCCUGCAGGUCACGGGUCAUCCACAAUCUAUGUGUGGCAUCAGCGCUGUGGACAAGAGUGUCCUCAUCAAAGAGCCAGGAAAGACGUUGGAUGCAGAUAGGAUAUUUGAUUUGCUUGAUCGGAAAUGGCACGUUCCAUAUGACGCUGUGGAUGAGGUUGAGUGCAUUUCUGUUAGACCAAAAAGAUACAUCAUUCCAUACCAACCUGAAGGAGAUGACCCUCAUACAGUUUUCCAGAAUGUGGGGCUGAAGAUGGCAACAAAUUUGUUCAUCCGAGUGCCAAACUGCCUCAAAUUUAUGGGAAGAAAAUACUACCAGGGCCACAAUUAUGGUGACAAUCUUUACUUAAUUUAGAGACACAUUUACUGGCCUGUAAACAGUCCUCCUAUGAUCGCCAGAAUGGAUACAGUGCAGUUGGUUAAUGCAGUUAGUCCAGGCUUAGGAGGAGCUCCAGCACCACCAAUAGAGACGGCCCGCUCUUUCUUCCCUGAAACUUGGAUAUGGGACUUGGUGGAAGUUGGAGUGUCUGGAACACAGGAUAUGUCCCUCACUGCUCCAGACACCAUCACCACCUGGGAGACAGAGGCUUUCUGUUUGUCUCCCCAGGGCUUUGGUUUGGCUCCUCGUAAAGAGUUCUCCAUCUUCCAACCCUUCUUCCUGGAGCUCAGCCUUCCCUACUCUAUCAUCCGAGGGGAACACUUUGAACUGAAGGCCACUGUCUUCAACUACAUGACCAGCUGCUUUACGGUCACUGUAACCCCAGACCAGUCCUCGGAUUACACCCUCACCCCCCUCUCUGGAAACCAGUAUUCAUUCUGUCUGUGUGGAAAAGAACGUAGGACUGUCAGCUGGACCAUGGUCCCUUCAGCGUUAGGGGUGGUCAAUGUGACUGUGACUGCUGAAGCUUCGGGCUCGGAUACUUCCUGCAGUAAUGACGUGGUUCCUGAAAGAGGCCGCAUUGACACGGUCACCAAAUCUCUCAUAGUGAAGGCUGAAGGAGUUGAGAAAACAGAUACAUACAACUGGCUUCUCUGUCCUAAAGGAGAGUCUUUGACAGAGGAAGUAAAUGUAAAUCUCCAGAAGGAUGUGAUCGAUGGAUCAGCUCGAGCUUCAGUAUCAGUGCUUGGGGACAUCCUAGGUCGGGCACUGAAGAACCUGGACGGAAUGCUGCAGAUGCCGUAUGGAUGUGGAGAGCAGAACAUGGCAAAGCUGGCCCCAAACAUAUACAUCCUCCAGUACCUGAAAAACACAAACCAGCUGACCCCAGAGAUCCAGGAGAGGGCCACCAACUACCUGACCAGUGGUUACCAGCGACAACUCAAUUACAAACAUAGCGAUGGCGCUUACAGCACGUUUGGAACAGGAGAUGGCAAUACAUGGUUGACGGCUUUUGUCUUGAGAUCCUUUGCAAAAGCACAGUCGUUCAUCUUCAUUGAUCCAAGUGUCAUGGAACAGUCUAAGACAUGGCUGGAAGGAAAACAGCGAGAAAAUGGCUGUUUUCAGCAAGUGGGAAAACUGUUUAACAACAGAAUGAGGGGUGGUGUGUCUGAUGACGUGACUCUCAGUGCUUAUAUCACUGCUGCAAUGUUGGAAAGGAAUGUGGCAGCAGAUAGUCCUGUUUUGAGCAACAGUCUGUCCUGCCUCAAAGCAUCCAUGAGGGACCUGACUAACACCUACACCACAGCUCUGAUGGCCUACGUCUUCACCCUAGCAGGAGACACGGAGGCCCGUACUCUUCUUCUGGGCCAUCUAGACAAAGUUGGAGUUUCUCAGGGAGGAUUCCUUCACUGGUCUCAGACAGCAGAAGACACAUCAGCGUCUUUGUCCGUGGAGAUCAGCUCUUAUGUCCUUUUGGCUAAACUCAGUGCUUCUCCUUCUACGGAAGACCUGGGCUAUGCUGCCAAAAUCGUCAGAUGGCUGACGACCCAGCAGAACUACUAUGGAGGCUUCUCCUCCACACAGGACACAGUGGUGGCUCUUCAGGCCCUGGCUCUUUACUCCACUUUGGUGUUCAGUCCUGAGGGUUCAAGCACAGUGACCAUCCAGGCCCCCAGUACUGAGCUGACGUUUGAUGUGAACCAGAACAAUAAACUGCUUUACCAGGAGAGGCUACUACAGGACGUGGAAGGAAAAUACAGUGUGGAGGUGAAGGGAACUGCAUGUGCUGUAAUACAGCUUUCUACUCACUACAACAUCCCAACCCCGAGGGGUGACAAGAUUCUCAGUGUUGAAUUGCAAACAGCAGCCAACUGUGACGGCAACUCUCUGAGGCCUAAAAUGACUCUGAAGAUGAAGUCUCUAUAUAGUGGAAAGCAGCCAACUACAAACAUGGUCAUCCUGGACAUUAAAGUCCUCUCUGGAUUUUCCAUUGAUGCAGAGUCUUUGAAGAUGCUUAGAGGUACUCCAUUGGUGGAUCGUGUUGAACAGAAGCAAGAUCAUGUUCUUGUGUACCUAGAAGAGUUACCAAAGGACUUAGACAUCCACCACGAGGUAGUUCUGGUACAGGAGUUCCCUGUUAGUAACCUGAAACCAGCUGUAGUCAGGAUCUACGACUACUACCAACCCAGUGAAGAGGACAAGACAGAAUAUACCUAUCCCUGUGUUUAAAGUAAGAUUAAGCAAAACAUACAAACAGGAUUGCUCCUACACUUCUUAUUUCUUUAGCCUUGAUUCUUCUCAAACACUACAGACAUGAUAAUAAACAUAUUAUAAUAGCUUGCUCAUGGAUGGUUA